UUACAUCAUCAGUCUAAUAUGCUGUUUCCUGUUUUACUCAUAAAUAUCACAGGAGCUUUGGCCCGCCAUGCCUUUGGCCAAGACUUCCUUAUGGACUCCCAGCAGGAGGUAAUGGGGUCCGUGGUCUGUCCGUGCGACUUUAUGGCUAUUGGCGAGGAUAUCCUUUGGGACUGUGAUAAACACAAUCUGCAUGAAGUUCCUCGCCAUUGUUGGACAGAGGGUUUCUCCUUCGUCACUCACGUCAUUUUAAGCAAUAAUUUUAUUACUGAGAUCCAUGCUGACGAUUUCGUGGGUCUUGGUUCCGUGAAGCAACUCAUGCUCAAUAAUAACAACAUCACGAGCGUGGCGGCCGGGGCCUUCAAGCCCCUCGCUGGCCUCGACACUUUGGAUCUUUACCACAACAACAUUGUUCAACUUCCCGAUGACGUGUUCGAGGGCCUGGUCAACCUGGAGAGCCUCUGGGUCAGUCACAACUUGCUGCAAACCAUCCCUGAUAUCUCCUUCGUGACCAAAGCAAAGGCCAUUUCCUUCAGUAACAACAACAUCAGGACGUUUCCCAAGUACCUCCUGGACGCCCCGACCACCCCGCUCACGCUCUCUCUGCAAAACAACCUCGCCACGGAGAUCUCCGCCUCGGCCAUCCUCAACCUGCCUAACUACAGCACACUCUACAUCGACACCAUCACCGUCUGGGCAGCGGACGCGCAGGAGGCAGAGGCACUCCGGGCAAAAUCCUGGUUUGGCACCGACCUCGACGGCCUCAUCCAGAUCAGUCCCCAGGAGGGCUGCCCUUCGCACUUCCACGACGUGCUCGGCGUUUGCGUGUUCGUGGAGCCCUUCUUCAGCGGCGACUGGGGACCAUGAGCUACUUCUGCCGCGAGAUGGAGCGAGAUGCUCAAGGUCGCCGUGCCCAAAUUCUUCCAGCAACUGCUUCAUAUUCUUCGCACUGAAGGCCUUGACCACCACGACUACUGGCUCGGCGGAAGUGACGCGGCAGAGGAGGGCAGCUGGAAAUGGGCAGACGGGACGGCCAUCGAGCGAGGAAGCCCCUUCUGGGCGACGCAGCUUCAGAAUCCCGAAUCUUUCCUGAUUUUACCCCUCGGAGGAACCUCUGAAAACUGCCUUUACCUUGACAAAUCUCUUUCGCUUUAUCGUGGUGCGUGUACAGAAGCAAAGAAUGUUAUCUGUCAGCAUUAAGGAACCGAAUUUCUUCUACAACUAAGAAAAUUCUAGAUCAUUUUCUGUCUACUGUUUAUCAUUUCUUAUGGGGUGAAAAUUUGAGGGAAUGUUACCAAGAGCAUUUUCUGUAUUUACAUCUCUAAUAUUGACAUCAAAAUAUAUGCUGCCGUCUCCAAAUCAUAAAGGUAAAACAUAAA